AUGGUCAUUGUUAUGUCUUGGAAAGGAGAAUCCAACCCAAGCAUGGGAAGUUCACAUAGCAGCAUUUCCCUUAUGGCUUACCGUCACCAAGCGCAGUUUUUUCUUCAUCUUUUUGUGUUGUUUUCUCUCAAUGCGGCUGUUUUAUCAUUUGACCAACGACCCAACAUCAGCGCCGUUGAUCUGGCUGCAUUGUCAGCUAUCAAAGACAGCCUGACAGACAUUCCAGGCUCAAGAUUCUUCUCCACUUGGGACUUCUCCGCACCAGAUCCUUGCUCCUCAUUCACCGGCGUCACCUGCUCUUUUAAUCGUGUCACCAUUCUCUCGCUCGGCACUGGCCUCUCCCACUCACCUGGACUUGCUGGCUCACUCUCCCCUGCUCUUUCCAACCUUACCGAGCUAACCCAGCUCGUCCUCUUCCCCGGUCUCAUCACCGGUCCCAUCCCUCCCCAACUGGGUCAACUCACUAGUCUUCGAGUUAUUUCCUUAAACAACAACCGCUUAACAGGACCCAUACUAACCUCCUUUUCUACUCUCCCAAACUUACACACUCUCGAUCUGAGUUCAAACCAACUCACCGGGUCAAUCCCGCUGGGUCUCACAAAGCUUCCAUCUUUAAAAGUUCUGAUAUUGAGCUCAAACGAUUUAACAGGAGAGUUACCCAGGACAGUGUCGGCGCCGCUAUUACACUUGGAUUUGAAGAAGAACAACAUCAGCGGACUAUUGCCAAGGUUGCCGUUAACUCUCCGUUACUUGUCACUGUCGGAGAACUCACUGUGGGGUCCACUAAACGGCCUGGAAUCGCUAUCCGAGUUAGUGUACCUCGACGUUAGCAUGAACAAAUUCAGUGGGCCCAUCCCAAGUUCACUCUUCCUCAACCCAAGUCUCUCUUCACUGUUUUUGCAACGGAACAAUUUAUCAGGUGGGCUCCCAUCAAUCAAGAUGGACCCCACGAUUGAAUCCUUCGGCAAGGGAUCCAUCGUGGAUUUGAGCCAUAACUUUAUCACGGGGCAAGUAACUCCGUUGUUGGCCGGAGUUGAGACUCUGUUCUUGAAUAACAACCACCUGAUUGGACCAGUCCCUGAGGAGUGCAUUAAGAGCGUGUAUAGUGGCACAACCAAAACAUUGUAUUUGCAGCAUAACUUUUUAUCUGGAUUCCCAUUACCUCAAGGUUUGGCUUUACCUGAUACGGUGUCCCUAUGCUUGUCCUACAAUUGCAUGGUGCCACCGGUUGGGAUAUCAGCCUGCCCAGCUAGUGCGGGUACGCAGCCAUCGAGGCCGGAAUCGCAGUGUUCAGAAUUCAGCCAUCUUAGCUCCAUGGACUGA